GGGUUCCGAAGUUGGGAAGAAACAGCGCAAAUAUUCCCGUACUCGAGUACCGUACCCUUUCCAUCCCUUUCCCCUCUUCCUCUCUCCACCUCUCGUCUUGCCCCAUCCCCGCCCCUGUCCCCUUUCCUUCCUUCCUCUCCUUACCGCCACUUUUUCUCAAUCGUUGUUGCCUCGUCAAUUGCGCGCCAAUGAUCCCCUCCGUCUCAUUGCUCCCUGUGCUCUUACUACUCUGGCAGUCCGUCAACGCGGCUCCCCACGACAGCGACAAGCUUGAGCGUCGUGAAGAUAGCGCAUCGACCACCCCAACGCCCACCCCGUGGGUGAGCGUCGUCGACGAUGGAUCCGCCACCACCGUCACGCCAAGUGUUAAGACCGAUAGCUCGGGUAACCCAACGGAAACAAUCAGCGCGACGCCAUCCGAGACUGCCUCCCGUGGUGGUGGUCCGGACGAUAAUGUUGUUGCACGCUGUGAUAGCUCGAAAUACGAAUUAACCGAGACCGGGAAUUCCCAGCCAUGGGUUCCAUUCUGUGCACCACACAAUGGAACGGAAUGGUGGGUUGACGGUAACUACUAUGUUACGUGGAACCCGAAACACUGGGCGGGAAAUUCAACUGUUAAAAUCAUCUUGAAUUAUGCCGAUGCCGGUGGGGCUGGCAAGGUCGCCAAAUUAGUUUGUCCCUCUUCCCUCAAUUUUGACAUCUCAAACACGAAAUUAACACAUAAUCCAGUGGGAAACCUCCAACUCCUUCGGCCUCAUCAACAUUGAACCCUCCAAGGAUUGGCUAGUGAAUCGAACAGCCUUCAGCGACGGUAUCAAAGAGACUGUCGAAAACCAAACAAUGUACUUCACGAUCGCCGAUAACUCCCCAAGCGGCACACAGCCAAAUGUUGAAACUGGCCCCACCAUCAUCCUAACCUCCCGCCCGAGCCCCCCACCUAUAGACAAAUCCCCCAGCAACCGCCCUCCUGUCUCUUUCCUCGGUCUAGCAGUCGGCCUCCCGCUCGUCUUUGUGUUUGUCGUUGGGACAAUCCUCUCCCUGCACUUCUGCAUGAAGAGCAAGCGCACAGUUGGACCGAUCUCCAUCGGUGGCGGUCGCAGACACUUCUCCCGGAGGGGAUAUUCCGGUCGUGCGGUACGCAGGCAGAAGGCUGCAGCCGUGGUGCGCACUGGGGAUUACAGAGAUGAACCCGAAGGGGAGAUCGCGCCGAAGAAGGGUGAGUGGGAGUUGACGAGCGUGCAAGGUGGACGGUAAGCGUGUCAUAUAUAGUCCUCGGACAAUGAGGGAGUAUCAUAUGUGGAAUGAAAGUGUAUGAUUAAGAUGGGAAUGAACUAUUGAUUUUCUUUCUUCUCUCCUCUUCUGUCUUUUUCCCCUUCCUUUCCCAAUUUCCCUUAUGGUUGCCCUUUUAGUUCCCCUUUCGCUCCUAGAAUUCCUAUCGUACUUGUACCGAGGCCCGACGGAUGAAAAUAUGGGCGGAUAGAUGGAGGGACGAAGGGGCAACCAGCCAACCGGCCAACCAACCGGCCCAUGCUCUUACGGCCCCAUCAAAAUGGAAAACUUGUCUUUGAUUAUUUUACAGAUGCGCGAUGGCCAGCUAUACAUUUCGUGUACAGCUUCUUACCGAUCACAGAAGAAACGGAUCAAAGAUAAAAAAAAAGCAAAUGUCAUGGCUAAAACUCUCGGUCUGGACUAUGUUUUAAUCCGGGAACUUUUUUUCAUACGUAACGUGCCAUAUGCAUUUUUAGUCCACCGCCGAUCAAGUUUUGAGCAUCGAGAGGAACGAUCCGCAUGAUACCGGUAGUCUAAUACCGGCACAGGACCGUAGUCUACGCCUACGAAGCCCCCGAUCGGAGAACUAGACUACUUGCCGGCGCAGCAGGGUGCCGGUAUCAUACGGUACUCGUGCACAGUGGCAUUAUUCUACGAUAUGCGGCAGACCAUGCACAAAACCGGGCCGCCCAGCAAAGGCGUGGAGCGCGGACAACUCGCAAAGAAACGGGACGGACAACCUCAGCCCGCACAAGUCCAGUACCGUACCCUACAAUACAAAAUACGGGCACCCGCAAGGUAUUUUUGCAUGCGCAGCAGCAGGGGUAUGAUACCAUAGCAUUUAUGCCAUGCUAUGCUAUGCCAUGAUUGCCAAAGACUACCACGCCAUACAGUACUCCCCAAUAAAUUUGGAAUCCUUUUUUUUUUUUUCCAAGAACUACGGUAC